AUGAGCACGGCGAAGAGCAUUCAAGCGAAGGUGUUUGGGGGACAGGACUCCUCUCCGAAUGGCACUCGCUCUUCGACAGCAGGCUCAAAUCCUCCAUCGGAUCCCCCAUCUUUAUCAAUACAGAUACCGAAGAGCCAGCCGCCUGAUUUUCCAAAGGACAAGGCCCCGUCCAUUAAAACUAAAGUUCCCAGUACACAAUCCGGGCCGUCUGGUGUCUCCACUUCAUCCGGUGGUACCAGUAGACAAGCAACAACCUAUCAAGAAAGGCUUCUAAGGAAGCUUGGGACGCGAUACGAUGGUGUGGAACGUUAUCGCUUGGAAGAAGAUGAAAAGAAGGGAAAGCAUUGGAAGAGAUGGGGCCCAUAUUUGAGUGAACGCCAAUGGGCGACCGUCCGAGAGGAUUACUCGGGAAAUGGUGACGCGUGGUCGCAUUUUCCUCAUUCACAAGCUCGUUCGCGAGCAUACAGAUGGGGUGAGGAUGGCAUCGCUGGUAUCUCCGAUAAUCACCUUCGCCUCUGUUUUGCACUGGCGUUUUGGAACGGGGAGGAUCCCUUCUUGAAGGAGCGCCUUUUUGGUGUUACUGGUCAUCAAGGAAAUCAUGGAGAGGAUGUUAAAGAGCUCUAUUAUUAUCUCGAUUCAACACCUACGCACUCCUACAUGAAAUACCUCUACAAAUAUCCUCAGCGCGCUUUCCCAUACGAGCAGCUUGUCAGAGAAAACCAAGCGAGAUCUCGCGAUGUCCCAGAAUUUGAGCUCGUCGACACUGGGAUCUUUGACGACGAUCGAUAUUGGGAUAUCUUCGUUGAAUAUGCGAAGGAAGAAGAUAACCCAGACUCACUAUAUAUCCGAGUAACAGCUUAUAACCGAGGACCAGACCCUGCGACCCUGCAUAUUUUGCCUCACCUAUGGUUUCCAAACACAUGGUCGUGGCCACUUCCUCGUCCAGAGAAGCCUUCUUUGGUUGGUCAUAAUGAGAAUGUUAUCACAGCUACGCAUCCGACUCUUGGAAAGACUCACCUUUAUUGCUUGCCUUCACCCCCUCCGAUUGGUCCUUCCGAUGAGACCGAAGUUGAUGCUGAAGAUGAAGAUAAUUCAGUUUUCCCUACACUUCUUUUUACAGAAAAUGAGACAAAUUUCCAACGCCUGUACGGCGGUCAGAAUGAAAGUAAAUACGCGAAGGACGCCUUCCAUGACCACGUCGUCCCUUCUCAUCGAUCCAAGGUCAGAGACUACGGGUUCCAUGGUAGGAUACGUUCGCGCGCUUUCUCCGGCAGCGAGGAAUCGGAAGAGGAGGAGGGACCUAGAACUCCGUAUCCUGUGGAGAACGAUUUUGUCAACCCGCAGAAAAAGGGAACGAAGGCUGCUGCAUACUACGUUUUCGAGAACGUUCCCGGUAACGGAGGGUGUGCUGUCGUACGUCUGAAGCUUACCCCGAACAAACCGCAGAAAGAUGAUUCACUUGACGAUGAGGGUCUCUUCGAUGACUCUAUCGAAGAGCGCCGCAGGGAGGCAGAUGAGUUCUACCACAACUUGGCCGGAAAUGCAAUUCCGGAAGACAUUAGGCAGAUCAUGCGGCAGGCGCUCGCUGGUAUGCUUUGGACCAAACAAUACUACCAAUUCAUUCAAAAGCCUUGGAUUGAGGGUGACCCUGCACAACCUCCCCCACCACCGGAACGUAAAUGGGUUCGAAAUCGAGAUUGGCGCCAUAUGCAUGUAGCGGAUAUUUUGUCUAUGCCUGACAAAUGGGAGUACCCCUUCUUCGCUGCUUGGGAUACUGCAUUUCACUGCAUCCCGCUGGCCAUGGUUGAUCCGGCUUUCGCAAAGAACCAGCUCAAGCUUUUAGUUCGCGAGUGGUACAUGAAGCCAGACGGCCAAAUUCCCGCGUACGAAUGGAACUUCGGAGAUGUCAAUCCUCCCGUGCACGCUUGGGCUACAUUCCGUGUUUUCAAGAUCGAGCGCAAACUAUUUGGCAGUGAAGACCUCACGUUCCUUGAAAGUGUGUUUCAAAAAUUGCUGCUCAAUUUCACCUGGUGGGUCAAUCGGAAGGAUGCCGGUGGUUUGAACGUUUUCGAGGGAGGUUUCCUUGGUCUAGACAAUAUCGGCGCUUUCAACCGGUCGGAGCCGCUUCCGACCGGAGGUGUACUACGUCAAGCAGAUGGUACUGCAUGGAUGGCCUUCUAUUGCUUAAACAUGCUCAACAUUUCUUUGGAGCUCGCCAAGCACAAUCCGGUAUACGAGGACAUUGCAUCCAAAUUCUUUGAGCAUUUCAUAUUCAUAGCGGACGCAAUGACGUAUAAGGGCUCCAGUGACGAAGAUUUGUCUCUGUGGAACGAGGAAGAUGGUUUUUACUAUGACGCAAUCUCAUUCGGUCCAGGCGACUCCAUGCAGCUCCCGGUCAAGAGUCUCGUCGGUCUAAUUCCGCUGUAUGCAACUCUCACGCUUGAGCCAUCGGUAAUUAACAAGCUUCCCGGAUUCAAGAAGAGAAUGGAGUGGUUUAUUGAGAAUAGACCCGAGGUUUCGAAGAGAAAUAUGGCGAACAUGAAGCGGAGUGGCAAGGGUGACCGUAGGCUAUUAGCUCUUGCAAGUAAAGAGCGCCUCGUCCGCAUUCUGGAGAAGAUGCUGGAUGAGGAUGAGUUCUUAAGCGACCAUGGUAUCCGCUCCCUUUCGAAAGUACACAAGGAAGCGCCCUGGGGAAUGGACGUUCACGGACAACGUUAUGAAGUAAACUACUGGCCUGGUGAUUCUCGGUCAGGAAUGUUCGGAGGAAAUUCCAACUGGCGUGGACCUAUCUGGCUUGCGACCAACUUCCUCCUGAUCGAGUCCUUGCAACGAUUCCAUCAAUACUACGGUAACGACCUGCAGGUGGAAUGUCCGACUGGCAGUGGCGAAUACAUGAAUCUGGCCGAAGUUGCAGAAGAAAUUCAGCAUCGCAUAAUUCAUAUAUUUGCGCGAGACGAGGAAGGUAGACGUGCAACGAAUAGCGGAAAUGAUAAAUUCGACCUUGAUCCGAACUUCAAAGACUAUUUGCAAUUCUAUGAAUUCUUCCAUGCUGACGACGGAAGUGGACUUGGUGCAUCCCAUCAGACGGGAUGGACAGGUUUAGUCGCAUUCCACAUCAUGCAAAGUGGGGUUACUUGCCGUCUGCCGAGGACACCUAAAACGCCUCGCAGUAUGGCGAAACAUUACUUCGAUGAGCAUAUCGACUCUCGUUCUGAAUUUGGGGAUGAGUCCGCAUUCCCACAGACGCCUCACACAUCAUUAGGUGAUACAUCGCCGGAUGCACUUUGAUAGAUAGAUAAGGACGUUAUAGGUCUUACCUAGAGUGGCAUAACGACACUUCAAUGUCUUCAAAGAGCGUUUACCCCUUUAACGACUUAUACAAAUUUUGCACCUCAUACAAGAUUGGGCUUUAU